AGUGGUAAAUAGAAAAUCAGAUCCAUAAACGAAUUGAGAGAUUCCUACCAUUAUGAAUAAUAAAGCAAAAUACGUGAAAUAUACCUUCAAACAAGUCAAUUUUAAUCAUUUUCUUGCUGGAUCUGGCAACACGUGUUAUCUGUAGGAGACUGACAUUGUGAAUGGAAUCCCUGGGAGACUCCAAAGUGCACAGAGUGACAAAAACAGAGUUUGGAAAAGCUGCUCCCAAGACAUUAUGGAAAAUGAAGAACAAGAUGAUACAUGCAGAUCUUUGGUGCCAUCUGGUCAUGAAAUCAAGGCUCGUGUGCAACACUUCAUCGAGGAUCAGUUACACACCACCAUGUGGACUGGUGUGCUGAUCGGAGCUGCAGUUGCAGUUUCAAUUCUAAGUAUUUUUGCCUUAUUCUUUUACAGAAGACACAAGGCUGGAGAAGGUCAAUCUGAAGGUCCUAAAUAUCGUUUCAGAAAAAGAGACAAAGUGUUGUUUUAUGGCAGGAAGAUAAUGAGGAAGGUCCAGACCUUGUCCUCGCCUCCCACCUCGGGUCCAGUAUCUCAAAAGCGAACCAGGAAAAGAACAAAGGUGCUAUCAAUAGCUCGCAAAAUCCUGCGUAUCCGAAGAGAGCCACCAACCCUGCAGCCCAAAGAGCCUCCGCCUUCACUCCUGGAAGCAGAUCUGACUGAAUUUGAUAUGCAAAACUCUCAUCUGCCCUCUGAAGUCCUGUACAUGCUGAAAAAUGUGAGGGUUCUGGGUCAUUUUGAGAAGCCUCUGUUCCUGGAACUGUGUCGGCAUAUGGUGUUUGUUCAGCUGCAGCAAGGAGAAGGGUUGUUUCGCCCAGGUGAUACUGAUGACAGCAUCUUUGUGGUGCAGGAUGGCCGUCUCGAUCUGUGUAUUCAUGAGAAUGAUGGGACUGAUGUUGUGGUGAAGCAUGUUUUACCUGGAGACAGUGUUCACAGUCUUCUCAGCAUCCUCGACGUCAUCACUGGAUAUCCAGCUCCGUAUAAAACUGUCUCUGCAAGGGCUGCUAUCCCAACUACUGUUCUCCGUCUCCCCGCUCAGGCCUUCCAGUCUGUUUUUGAUAAAUACCCAGAAACCCUAGUCCGAGUCGUUCAGAUCAUCAUGGUGCGUCUUCAGAGAGUUACCUUUCUUGCCCUUCACAACUAUCUGGGCCUGACCACAGAACUUUUCAAUCCGGAAAGUCAGGCUGUUCCUCUGGUGUCAGUGGCCGGUGUUGUAGGAGAGGCUGGUCAAGGCAGAGGGCCGCGCAGACACUCGCAGACAAAUGAAGACGUGUCUGACAAAGUCCCACAGAGAUCUUCAGACCAUUACAGUGACACAAGUCACAUGUCCAGAGAAGAUUGUGGAAAGCUCAAUUGUACAGAGAGUCCGACGACUUUAUUCAGGAAGUCUCGCUCACUGUCAACACCUUUAGAAAGUACACACGCUGGAUCUCCCGACCACAAUAUGACCUUUGACAGAUCAAGCAAAGAAGCCCCUUCAAGUCCUAUUGCCAUACAGAAGUCAAACCGGAAGAAGUCUGUGACAAUGCAUCAUUCUCCUUCAGCCGUGUUUCACUACUCGGACACCGGAGGGCACUCCAGCCACAUCCACCAUAGUAAAGUUAAUGCCAUUUUCCAAGCUGCCAAGAGGGACCUGCUAAAGAUUAUCCAACUCCAGGAUCCCAAUCUUCUGGAAGAUCGGGUGACACUGAGACAAGUAAAGGCGGGCUCUGUGGUUGCAAGUGAGGGAGAUCAGGAUGUAAGCGUGCAGUUUGUCAUCUCUGGAACGCUUCAUGUGUACCAGAGACUGAUUGACAGAGAAGAGCAAUCAUGUCUGUUUGUGGCCCACCCUGGAGAGAUGGUGGGCCACCUGGCUGUUCUCACUGGAGAGCCUCUCAUCUUUUCUGUGCGCGCCCAGCGUGACUGCUGCUUCCUGUCUAUCUCCAAAACACACUUCUAUGAGAUAAUGCGUGCCGAACCUCGAAUGGUGUUGAAUGUAGCUCACACAGUGGUGCGGAGGGUCUCCUCAUUUGUCAGACAGAUCGACUUUGCUCUGGAUUGGAUGGCACUGGAGGCUGGACGAGCUGUCUACAGACAAGGUGAUAAGUCAGACAGCACUUUCAUUGUUCUGAGUGGGCGAUUGCGUUCUGUCAUCAUGAAGGAUGAUGGGAAGAAAGAGCUGGCUGGAGAGUAUGGACGGGGAGACCUCAUCGGUGUGGUGGAAGCUUUGACUCAUCUGAACAGAGCCACUACAGUCCACGCAGUCCGAGACUCUGAACUGGCCAAACUGCCUGAAGGAGCUCUCAAUUCUAUUAAGAGGAAAUAUCCACAGGUUGUGACUCGUCUGAUUCACCUUCUUGGCCAGAAGAUCUUGGGGAACAUGCAGCAAGUGAAUGGUCCACUCUCAGUGCGCAGUCUGGGUUUUCACUCCCCAACCAGUAAGUGGGACGCAGGUAAUCCAGCUGCCAAUCUGUCGACGGUCACCAUUCUGCCUGUGUCUGAGGAAGUGCCACUGACUGCCUUCACACUGGAGCUGCAGCAUGCUCUCAGUGCUAUUGGUCCCACUUUGCUUCUAACCAGUGACAUUAUCAGACAGCGCCUGGGUGUUGCUGCCUUGGACAGUGUUCACGAGUAUCGUUUGUCAAGCUGGCUGGGUCAACAAGAGGACAUCCACCGCAUUGUUUUAUAUCAAUCUGAUGGUUCUCUGACUCCAUGGACUCAACGGUGCAUUCGACAGGCAGACUGCAUCAUCAUCGUGGGUCUGGGAGAACAAGAGCCCACUGUGGGAGAGCUGGAGCGUAUGCUGGAGAGCAGUGCUGUGAGAGCUCAGAAGCAGCUGGUUCUGCUGCACCGUGAGGACGGGCCUCCACCCGCUGGAACUGUAGAAUGGCUUAACAUGCGCAGCUGGAUCUCACGACAUCUGCACCUGUCCUGUCCUCACAGGGUCUUCUCCAGGAGGAGUCUGCCCAAAUUGAGAGAGAUGUAUCAGCGAGUAUUUGAGAAGCCUCCCGACCGGCAUUCUGACUUCUCACGUCUGGCUCGAAUCCUGACAGGCAACGCCAUCGCUCUGGUGCUGGGCGGAGGAGGAGCCAGAGGCUGCUCACAGGUGGGCAUCAUUCGUGCAAUGAGCGAGGCAGGAAUCCCUGUGGAUCUGAUCGGCGGCACUUCCAUUGGUUCAUUGAUAGGAGCUCUAUAUGCUGAAGAGCGUAGCGUCAGUCGCAUGACGGUUAGGGCACGCCAGUGGGCAAUGGAUUUUGGAUCCAUAUUUAAGAAGAUCACCGAUUUGACCUACCCGGUGACCUCCAUGUUCACUGGAGCAUCAUUUAACUCCAGCAUUGGCACACUCUUCCAGGACAAACAGAUUGAGGACCUUUGGAUCCCAUAUUUCAACAUCACCACAGACAUCACAGCCUCCUCCAUGAGAGUCCACACUGAUGGCUCUCUGUGGAGGUAUGUUCGGGCCAGUAUGUCUCUUUCUGGAUAUCUUCCUCCAUUAUGUGACCCUAAAGAUGGCCAUUUGCUCAUGGAUGGAGGCUACAUCAAUAACCUUCCGGCUGACACAGCUCGUUCGAUGGGUGCCAAGCUGGUGAUUGCAGUUGAUGUGGGCAGUCAGGAUGAAACUGAUCUCACUAACUAUGGAGACUCUUUAUCUGGAUGGUGGCUGCUUUGGAAACGCUUGAACCCACUGGCAGAAAAAGUGAAGGUGUUGAACAUGGCAGAGAUUCAGACCCGCCUGGCGUAUGUGUGUUCUGUGCGUCAGCUUGAGCUGGUCAAAGACAGUGAUUACUGCGAGUACCUGCGACCGCCCAUAGAUCGCUAUGGCACUUUGGACUUUGGCAAAUUUGAUGAGAUUGCUGACGUUGGUUUCCAGCAUGGGAAGACCGUGUUUGAUGUGUGGUGUCGGAGUGGAGUGCGAGAAACGAUAAUGAAGGACCAGCAUCAAGAGGAAUUCCACAAAUCCAGGAGCACCAAUGCGACAUGUCCAAAUGCUUCUUUCACUGAUCUGGCAGAAAUAGUAUCCCGGAUAGAGCCAGUUAAGCAGGCCGUUGUGGAUGAGGAGUCCGAGUACCAGACAGACUAUGAUGAAGAUGCAGUGCUGUCAGACUUCGAUCUGUCCAAUCCAAACAGCGAACACAGUGAUGCCCAAGAAGAUGAGGAUGAAGAAGAAGAGACUGCAGAUACAGCUGAUACAGAUGAUGAAAUUGAGAUCAGGAAAAGGCGACAUCGAGCUUUAAACCACAGCAGACAUCAUACCACCUGAAGUCAAAGGCCAUCAGAAAGAUGGACCGUAGUAGUAACCUUUUUAAGAGGGUUUUAACAAGUGAGAUUAUCAGUAUUGAAACUGACCUACUUGAAUUGUUAUAAACUAAUCAGGAAUAGAUUUUAAUAGAAACAAUGUACAGAUCAUAGUACAUAUGUGUCCUUUAAUUCCCCAAAGAAUGAUACAUGAGAUUAAACUGUAACAAAAUGCCAUUCUUGCCUUUUACUUUUUAAUAUUAUAUGAGGCCAAUAAUAUUUCAAACAUUUUACAUCUCAUUUUUCAUGCAAGCUAUCAAUGCAACCGUAACACAGUUUACUGUGUGAAUAAAAUAAGCUGUUUUAUGUCUAUUGUUUUGAUGUUUCAACAUUUAGAAAAAAAUAUUUCAAUAGGAUUAUAACCAGGCAUUACUAAUAAAUGUAUAAAUGAUAUAUUCUGAUUUCAACUUUUGUAACCAUUUGUCUUAUUAAAUCAUUAAAUAUCUCAUUUUGUUUUGGAUUAUAGGUAAAGUGACGACUGAUUGUUUGAAUUCUUCGAAUGUUUGAUUGUGUUCUUUGGCCCAAUUAAAAUUGAUAGUUCUCUGA